GCAACAUUAUGGUUCACCUUUUGACAGCCCUUUCCGGUUUAGUUCUUGGGGCUAGAAGCCGUUGUUUCGGUUUUUUAUUAUUUUAAUCGCCCUUAAUCCAUCAAAAUGAGGAUCUAUAAAGAUAUUAUUACUGGUGACGAAAUGUUCUCGGACACAUACAAAAUGAAGCUGGUUGAUGAAGUCAUCUACGAAGUCACCGGCAAAUUGGUGACGAGAAGGCAAGACGACAUCAAACUUGAUGGUUUCAACCCCUCUGCUGAGGAGGCUGAUGAGGGCACCGACUCCGCGGUGGAAAGCGGUGUUGAUAUAGUUUUAAACCACAGGCUAGUGGAGACCUAUGCGUUUGGUGACAAGAAGUCCUACACGUUAUACCUUAAGGAUUACAUGAAAAAAUUAGUAGCAACAUUGGAAGAGAAAGCACCAGACCAAGUAGAUGUAUUCAAGACCAACAUGAACAAAGUUAUGAAGGACAUCCUCGGCAGGUUUAAGGAGCUCCAGUUCUUCACCGGAGAGUCCAUGGACUGCGAUGGCAUGGUCGCCAUGAUGGAGUACAGAGAUAUUGACGGAGUUUCCACACCCGUCAUGAUGUUCUUCAAGCAUGGUCUUGAGGAAGAGAAGUUCUAAGUUAACAUAAGCGAAACUACUCAUAAUAUUCCAUGUACAACACACACGCCUAACAAACUCAUUUUUUUAUUUAUUUACGAAAUCAUGUCCGCAUCUGUCCGGUACUGGCUUCGGCUUCUCCCAUCACAAGGCUGAACAAUUUUGUAAUGUAUAAAUGUAUGUUACAUACUAUAAAUAAAUUAAUGAACAACUA